CUUUUACCUUUAUAAUCUUUUCAAGAUUCCUGUAUUUGUCAUCUACUUCUUUUUAAGCCUUCGGCAUGACAGCUGUAGGGGAAUUCAUAUUCGGAUAGGCGGGGGGCGUGAAUGUAAAACUGAAAAACAAGGAGGAGAAAAGGUAAAUUUGAAGAAAUGUUGGCUGCUCUGCGAGAGCGAGUGGCCAGUAGUUGAUAUUUUUAUUUGGCAUUCGUGGUGUCUACGUCUCAAUGAGAAUGCAGACUCCUCGGCGAGGAUAACCAGAAAGUAUCCGAACUAUCCACCACCAAAAACAUAAACGGAAAAGGAAAAUGCUUACUCACAACGUUGCUGCGCCGUCUUCUAUACGCCCAAUUCUUUCCUACGAUUGCCAUUGCCAAGUAUCUAAUCAGUUGUUAUUUCCUCUCAGUCCAAAUCUAAAUCCCGGGACUUGGAAGGCAAACAGAAAGCUUAAGGGAUGUCGACUCAAGGCUAGCUUCUGGGAGUCCAUUAGAUCUGGGAUUUUGAAGAACAACACAACACAAAUAAUUGAACCACCAUCCACACUUGAAAAAGAGGAAGAACCAUUGCCUGAAGAGUUUGUGCUUGUUGAAAAGUCUCAACCAGAUGGAGAAGUUGAACAAAUAAUAUUCUCUUCCGGAGGAGAUGUGGAUAUCUAUGAGCUUCAAGCCCUGUGUGAUAAGGUUGGCUGGCCGAGGAGGCCAUUGUCAAAACUAGCUGCAGCUUUAAAAAAUAGUUACAUGGUAGCCACAUUGCAUUCUGUUAGGAAAUUGGCUAGUUCAGAAGGGGACGAGCAAAAGAAGCUAAUUGGCAUGGCUCGUGCUACAUCAGAUCAUGCAUUCAAUGCUACAAUCUGGGAUGUUCUUGUUGAUCCUUGCUAUCAGGGCCAAGGCCUUGGUAAGGCCAUGGUUGAAAAGCUGAUAAGGACUCUUCUACAGAGGGAUAUUGGUAAUAUAACACUUUUCGCAGAUAGUCAAGUUGUGGAGUUUUAUCGGAAUUUAGGUUUUGAACCUGAUCCAGAAGGCAUUAAGGGUAUGUUUUGGUAUCCAAGGUAUUAAUUGCAUUUUCAAUGAGGAAAAGAAUCAGUUCUUACUUCAACAAGGGCAGAUUUGUUUGUGUGCUUUCAUCACAUUGGUUCAUCUAUUAUCAGACUUCAGAGGAGCUUGGGACAUUAGAGGAGGGUGUCUGUAUGUAAGUCAAGUAUUAAUCAUACAUUUGUCAUUGUAACACUGAAUGCCAAUACUUUUUUGUUUCUAAAUGAUUCAUUUGUUAUGGAUUUGCAAAACAAAUUAUAUCAGGGGGCAUUUUUAUCUAGUCUCUGUCACUCACUAUUGGACCAACUGAAUAGAUCAGGGGUUUUUUUA